GGGGGUAUAUCUAAAAAGUUACAUGAGUUCAGUCAGACAUAAGGAACAGGCGAGGUAAAUCAUAUUGCCUCACCAAACAUUUAAAAUAAAAAUAAUGUGUUUAGACAUUCUUUCAGUGACUAAAUGAGAAACUGGAGUUUAAUCAAGAAAAUCUCUGCACAUCUGAAAUCAAAUUUAAAAUAACGGUUGGGGGAGUAUAGCCUCGUUACUUGUGACUUUUGAGCAGGAAUGGUGAAACCAGUCAAAAACCACUAGCAACAAAAUAUACUUUUACCACAAUAUUAGGAAAUCGUUUAGCCACCGAAUAUUUUGAUCAACCCUCGUAUGGUUUUAUUUUUCGGCAAAUUGACUGGAAUCGACACGUGUUUAGCUAAAACAGGGCAACUACAAGGACACGUCGGUGAUUUGUACAAGACUUGCACUAGGGAUGAAGAAUAUUUCAAAAUUAUACUGGAACAAUUAUAAAGCUUAAACCACGCAUCGGAUAGUCUACUUAUAAAUUUAAAAUGAUACAAUAUUAAAAUAUAACUUAACUAUUGGAAAAUAUCAAUGGGCAGAAAUGGGCAAAAGGUGUGGCCUCCUAUGAUGAAUCAAUGGAUGAUUCAGUGAGAAUGACGGACUUUAUUUUUGCAGAGCUAACCAUACCUUCAAGACCAUAACUCGGAUAAUAAUCGCUUUGGUUUAUGAAAUGACAUGUGAAAUUCGCACCAAGAUAUGGGUUGACACCUUACCCGUUCCAGAUCAAAACCUUUACGAGCAAGAGAACACAAAUGAUCAUAACUACAACAUCGACAUACCUGAGGUGCACGUGCCUAUAGUAAAUGAUAGACUAGAACUAAGGGGAGAAACACUAAAUGAAAAUAAUAAUUCCAAUAAUCGUAAAAUAAAAAUGGGAGUAGAAAAUGUAGCAUAUCAGUAUGAUAGCCAUGAACAAAACGGGAAUGCCAAGAACAAGACUGUCGGCAAUGGUGACGUUAAAAUGUUCACUGAUCCAAGACUUCCUUUGUCCAUACCAAACGAAUGGUCUUUUUCAAAAUUCUUGCCGGAUAAUUCUACACCAAAUGGAUUUAUAUCAGCGGCUAAUUUUGCGCCAUUCAAAUU